AUGGCCAAUCUUUGGCCUAGCCUGCUUAUUGCCUUGGCAAUAACCUUGAUAGCAAGUGUAGCUGCUAGUUAUGAGAAACCAUAUGUUUAUGCAUCUCCACCACCACCAUCACACAAACACAAGUCCACGCAAUCAUAUCAUUACAAGUCACCACCACCACCAACUUACAAACAUAAAUCAUCACCGUCGUACCAUUACAAGUCACCACCACCACCAUCUCACAAGCCCAAAUCAGCACCACCUUAUUAUUACAAAUCACCACCACCGCCGUCUUAUAUACAUAAGUCAUCACCAUCUUAUCAUUACAAGUCAUCGCCGUCGCCGUCAUAUAAACACAAGUCAUCACAUUCUUACCAUUACAAGUCACCACCACCACCCGUUCAUUAUGAAUCACCAAAAUAUUACUACAAGUCCCCACCUCCUCCAUAUGUCUACAGGUCUCCUCCACCACCGUCGCCAAAACCAUACGUGUACAAGUCUCCACCACCACCAUCACCGAAGCCAUACGUCUACAAGUCUCCUCCACCACCGUCACUGAAGCCGUAUGUGUACAAGUCUCCACCACCACCACCACCAAAAUACUACUACAAAUCACCACCACCACAGACUUACAUCGAUAAGUCACCACCACCACCACUAGCAUACAUCUACAAGUCACCACCACCACCACUUUCUCUCCCUCACCUACCCUACAUUUACAAAUCACCACCACCACAUUCACCAUCUCCUCCUCCACCAUACAUCUACAAUUCACCUCCACCCCCGCCUUACAUGUAUAAUUCACCACCACCACCCUCUCCAUCACCUCCACCACCUUACAUUUACAACUCACCACCACCACCAUCUCCCUCACCUCCACCACCAUAUCCGUACGUAUACAAGUCUCCUCCACCACCAUCACCGAAGCUGUACGUUUACAAGUCACCACCACCACCAUCUCACAAGCCGUACGUCUACAAGUCUCCUCCUCCACCAUCCCCUAAGCCAUACGAAUACAAGUCACCACCACCACCACCAUCCCCAAAGCCUUCUUACUUGUACAAGUCUCCUCCUCCACCAUCCCCUAAGCCGUACAUAUACAAGUCUCCUCCACCACCAUCACCAAAGCUGUACGUUUACAAGUCACCACCUCCACCAUCCCCUAAGCCGUACGUAUACAAGUCUCCUCCUCCACCAUCCCCUAAGUCGUACGAAUACAAGUCACCACCACCACCAUCUGAUGACAAGCCGUACAUAUACAAGUCUCCCCCACCACCAUCAUCAAAGCCGUACUUGUACAAGUCACCACCACCACCAUCUCACAAGCCGUACGUCUACAACUCUCCUCCACCACCAUCACCGAAGCCGUACAUGUACAAGUCUCCUCCACCACCAUCUCCAAAGUCAUACAUAUACAAGUCUCCCCCACCACCAUCCCCGAAGCCGUACUUGUACAAGUCUCCUCCUCCACCAUCCCCUAAGCCCUACGUUUACAAGUCACCACCGCCACCAUCUCACAAGCCUUACGUGUACAAGUCUCCUCCGCCACCAUCCCCAAAGCCGUACAUGUACAAGUCUCCUCCACCACCGUCUCCAAAGCCGUACCUAUAUAAGUCUCCCCCACCACCAUCCCCGAAGCCCUACUUGUACAAGUCUCCUCCUCCACCAUCCCCUAAGCCAUACAUAUACAAGUCUCCUCCACCACCAUCACCGAAGCCGUACUUGUACAAGUCUCCUCCUCCAUCUCCAAAGCCGUAUGUUUACAAGUCUCCUCCACCACCACCACCAAAGUACUACUACAAGUCUCCACCGCCACCAACUUACUACUACGAGUCACCUCCACCACCCACAUACAUCUACAAGUCACCACCACCACCAUCACCUAAACCUUACGUGUACAAGUCUCCACCACCACCGAAGUACUACUACAAAUCUCCACCGCCACCAUCUUACAUCUACAAGUCACCACCACCACCAGCAUACAUCUACAAGUCACCACCGCCACCGCAUUCUUACAUUCACCUACCCGACAUUCACAUAUCACCAUUACCAUAUAUCUACAAGUCACCUCCACCCCCGCCUUACAUCUAUAAAUCACCACCACCACCCUCUCCAUCACCUCCACCACCUUACAUUUACAACUCACCACCACCACCAUCUCCCUCACCUCCACCACCAUAUGUUUACAAGUCACCCCCACCACCAUCUCCAUCACCUCCUCCUCCCUAUGUCUACAAGUCACCACCACCACCCCCAUCACCAACUGUUGUUUACUGA